UGGGCGGCAAGCGAUGUCACCUGCACAGGGCAGCUGACUCAAAGGACACCAGUGCAUUACUGGAAAGCAGGGCCCUCCACCCCCACUGCCAGGCUUGUGGUUCCAGGUGUUUCUUAAAAGACCUGUCCACCUGCAUCAGGCCUGUUUCAGUCAUGAGGGGAUUGGGUCUGUGGCUGGGGAGCUGGCCGAAGCCCAGGCAAAGGCUGCUGGGAUGGGGUGAGGGCAGGGAACUCAGGAUGGGGCAGCUGCCUCUGGAAGAAGCCAGGAUGUCCCUGGCUGCCGCCGUAGGGGUAGUAAGAGGAUUAGGUGUCAGUCCCUAACCCAGCCCGGAACUAACACCCUCCUCCACUAACAGCCCCCUCCCCCGCACUCACAGCACCCUGGCCUGCCCCCGUCGGAGCUUGCCAAACUCAGAAUAACCCCGGGGACCAGACCGUGGGAUGGCAGGGACUCUGCUCAGCGCCCUGCUCCUAUUGCAGCUGCUCGGCAGAGGUGAAGGGAAGAACGAGGAGCUGCGUCUUUACCACCACCUCUUUGACAACUAUGACCCAGGACGCCGACCAGUGCAGAAGCCUGAGGACACUGUCACCAUCACCCUCAAAGUCACCCUGACCAACCUCAUCUCACUGAAUGAGAAAGAGGAGACCCUCACCACCAGCGUCUGGAUUGGAAUCGACUGGCAUGAUUACCGACUCAACUACAGCAAGGGCGAUUUUGGGGGCAUAGAAACCCUGCGGGUCCCUUCAGAACUCGUAUGGCUGCCAGAGAUUGUGCUGGAAAACAAUAUCGACGGCCAGUUCGGUGUGGCCUAUGAAGCCAACGUGCUGGUCUCGGAGGGCGGCUACGUGAGCUGGCUGCCCCCGGCCAUCUACCGAAGUAUCUGCGCCGUGGAGGUCACCUACUUCCCUUUCGACUGGCAGAACUGCUCUCUUGUUUUCCGCUCGCAGACGUACAAUGCAGAAGAGGUGGAGCUCGUCUUUGCUGUGGACGACGAGGGUGACACCAUCAGCAACAUAGAUAUCGACACUGAGGCCUAUACUGAGAACGGGGAGUGGGCCAUCGACUUCUGCCCCGGGGUGAUCCGCCGCCACGACGGUGGCUCUAAUGAUGGUCCAGGGGACACUGAAGUCAUCUACACGCUCAUCAUUCGCCGGAAGCCGCUCUUCUACGUUAUUAACAUCAUCGUGCCUUGCGUGCUCAUCUCGGGCCUAGUACUGCUCGCCUAUUUCCUGCCGGCACAGGCCGGCGGCCAGAAAUGCACCGUCUCCAUCAACGUCCUGCUCGCCCAGACCGUCUUCUUGUUCCUAAUUGCCCAGAAAAUCCCAGAGACAUCUCUGAGCGUGCCGCUGCUGGGCAGGAAUGAGGCGGAUCCCUGCAGACCUCGUCCACACAGGCAUAGCCGCGCUCCCUGGAGCAGAAGCCGGGCGCUCGCGCCUGCCGCAGACCCCGCUUGCCGAGCCCCCUGCCCCGCGGCCUGGGCUGCCCGGGCCAGAGCUCUACCCGGAUCCCCGGCGUCUAGUCGCCGCACCUCCUGCUGCACCCACAGGGCUGAGAUCUGCAGCGGGGGUGCAGGAGUUGGCGGGGGUGCAGAGGUCCCUGCUCCUGCCGCUCGAUCCCCCUUCCCCGCCCCUCCUCAGCACUCCCGGCACCCCAUCUCUAACGAGGUGGCCCCGAAGUUCACUACGCUGGCCGUGGAUUCUCUUAGCACCAGCCCCAGGGUGGGCUUCGGGGCGGGCGGCUUCUCUGGCUCUCGCGGCUCCAGGGACUUCGGCUCUCUGAACCGCUGCUCCAGAUAUUCACGGGCCGCGGCCACAAGUUCCAGGGAAGAGAGAAGUGGGGGCUGGAGGGCCGCCUGGAAAAGCACAGGGACUGUGGGGUCAUAGGUCAGAGGUAAUGGGGGGACGCUGGAAACCUUCCUAGAGCGUUUCAAGGUGCCACCCUUGGGGGUGGAGGGUGGGUAUCGGCGUAGGCGCACCUCCGUGGAGCUGUGGAAGUGGCAGACCCACAGCAGGGUUUCCAGGGAGCUGGGGGUCCCCUUCAUGGUUGCCACCGGCGGUGCGAGGGGGGAGAAGGGCGGGGGGGACGCGUCUGGCCCCGCAGAGGAGCAGCACCUAAGGGGCAUAACUCCACCCCUUGCGGAGAGGUGCGUUUGUGAGGUUAGAGGACUAGUGGCCCCCUCUGUGGCUCAGGGGAAGUGGGGAGGCUGCGACGUCACGAACUCCGGGCUCCUCAGGUACCUCAUUUUCGUCAUGGUGGUUGCCACGCUCAUUGUCAUGAAUUGUGUCAUCGUGCUCAACGUGUCUUGUCGGACGCCCACCACUCACGCCAUGUCCCCGCGGC